AUGGCGCCCACUAAGGGAGAUACUGACAGUGUGGGUCGGGUGUUGGUGGACACAAGCCGACCUUUGCCAGUGCGGUUCCGGGCGCUGUUUACUCUUCGCAAUAUAGGUGGCCCGAAUGCUGUGGAGUGGAUCGGCCGUGGGUUCAGCGAUAAGUCGGCGUUACUGAAGCAUGAACUGGCCUACUGCUUGGGGCAGAUGAGGGACCGGAGCGCGCUUCCUGUACUGUGCGCCGUGCUGAGAGAUCGGAGCCAGGAGCCUAUGGUGCGCCAUGAGGCAGGAGAAGCUUUAGGUGCCAUUGGAGAUCCUGAAAUGAUUGAACUUCUUAAAGAAUAUAGCAAAGAUCCUGUUAUUGAGGUAGCAGAAACAUGUCAGUUGGCUAUACGCAGGAUAGAGUGGCUUCAAGACCAUCCUGAUACCCAUGAUGACAAUCCUUACCUUUCAAUAGACCCUGCACCACCCUCUACAGAAAGGGAUAUUCCUUCUCUGCGUGAUGCCCUUUUAGAUGAUACAUUGCCAUUAUUUGAAAGAUAUCGUGCAAUGUUUGCACUUCGCAAUAUUGGGGGCCAGGAGGCAGUCCUUGCUUUGACAGAUGGCUUAAAGUGUGGUGGCUCUCUGUUCCGCCAUGAAAUCGGAUAUGUUUUGGGUCAAAUGCAGCAUGAAGCAGCAGUCCCAGGGCUUGCGGCAGCAUUGGAUCUGAUGGAAGAGAAUCCUAUGGUGCGCCAUGAGUGUGCUGAAGCUUUGGGCUCUAUUGCCCGAGAAGACUGUUUAAAUGCACUUAGGGAGCAUAUGGAUGAUGUGGAGCAAGUGGUGAGAGAGAGCUGUGAGGUGGCUUUGGAUAUGUACAACUACGAGAACAGCGGGGACUUUCAGUAUGCAUACAGUGUGAACCAAAUCCAGGAGCUGACUUAA